UGCACUUUGCAGUAAGUUGCGGGCGGCUGUUGCUGGCGUGGCGUUUGCUGGUCGCGCGGGGAACUUUAACACGCUGGAUCCCAAAGUCCGUCUCUCUCACCUGCGCAGUUCGGUACUGCCAUGGAUCUCGCGACCGGAUUUACAAUCCUAAUCACACUUCCGAUCAUUCUGCAGACGAAUGGCCUUUAUAUCGCCAGUAGCAUAGAUUCCCUGCAGCACAUACUGGGGGACUAUGGACUGGUAAAGCCCGUUCUGACGGAUGCAGAAGGCCGCUUCCUGUCGCACGCGGUAUCGGUCGGUCCAGUAGAUGGGCAGUUCCGUAGGCGCUGGAGAAGAGAGGCGGCGACUGCCGACCACGCCCACCACGAAUCCGGCACGUUCGACCGGCUCUACUACAACGUCACCGUCUUCGGCCGGGAAUUUCACCUGCGUCUGCGUCGCAACGCGCGACUGGUGGCUCCCGGAGCAAAGAUGGAGUGGCGUGAAUCCGACAGUACGCGCACCGAGCCUUUGAAGAGCGACUGCUUGUAUGUGGGGGACAUUACGGACGUUCAGGGAGCUUCAGUAGCUAUUAGUAACUGCGACGGUCUGGCCGGCGUGAUCAGAACGGAGCAAGAGGAGUUUUUUAUUGAGCCGCUGGAAACGGGACAUGAGGUGAUGGAGGAGGGUGGUGGACGUUCUCACAUCGUGUACCGGUCCGCUGCUGUAAAGAAGCCUCCUGUUAGUUCGCUAGCUGCCGACUUUCACUCUAGAG